UACCCCGACUUCUUUUAACGCCGCAUAAACAAGUUAAGUUUGAGUAGUUAGAUGCUACCCUUACCUCUCGAGCAACACAGCUGAACCACCAUGAACAGCGAGGAGCAUGUAUCGACACCCAGGAAGACGGUCCUGCCCCCUCUGUCCAACAGGACCCUGUACCACCCCUCCUUCCUUCCGCUGUACAGGGCCGCAGGCCUCCCACGCCACAGUCAAGAAAACGCUCAAACAGGUGAGUCACUUUUACCUAAACCGGCUCAAGGGGAGCUUCAUCCAGCUGCUCAACCUCUGAGAGGACUCCCUGAUUUCUCCCCAGCUCACCCCACCACGCCUGCAGAGUUCUUCUACACUGACCCCACCAUGUGCUGUGGCAGGAGGAUCCCUAAUAGACUCAGUGGGUUAAAGGUAUUUGAUUGCUUGCAGCUCAACACGCCACGACCCAUCAUGUCCGCCUGCCUGGCCCCACCAAACCGCCCAGACCCAUUUAGAUCAGGACCACACCCCACUAGAGAUCUGGGUAGCCCCACUUGGAGAACACAAACCAUUCACCCUCAGGUGCAGCCAAGGCAGGUUGUCCUCCAGCUUACACAGGAAGAGGACCAGGCCGUUACUAACCUGCUGAAACUGCACUACCAAAUGGACCAUGACUCAAACGUCAGUCAUCCUUGUGCUAAGGAUGGUGAGGAGGGGUACAAACCUGCUCGUGGUGCACUGAUAGAGGGAACGGUUUGGUCAGAUGCAGAGCUUGAAGUCGCCGACACUCUCUCGAGUCAAUUAAAAAUAAAUUAUGUUGACUUGUUGAAGGCCCAAACCCGAAAUGAAACAGCAAACACUCCUCCCGGUCCUCUGCUAUGCCCAAGCCCUCAAACACACCAGGAAGCUGAAGCUCCACUUGCAUUAGGAAGUAGCGCCGUUCCCCUGAAGACAUCCCCAGUGAUCAAGAGCAAAGUGAGUGUCUUUGAAGGGUUUAUGGAAGCAAAGGAACAGAGGCUCUCAGAUUUGGAGGGCGAUGCCGUGGACGUGCUCCUGAGCCUUAUGGAUGUUAAUAUCACACAGUGACUGUGCUCAAUAUUUCUGUUCUCGGCUC